UCUAUCGGUUGCUGUGAAAAUUACAGGACGCGCAUCAGGACUGGUAACGGCGUGUAGUUUAAUUUGUAAAGUAAAACUGCUACACACAAUUGUUUUCAUCGUUUUACUGAAUUCCCGACAAUGCCUAGCAAUUCCUUUAUUGUUAUUUGGCUUGGGCAGUAACGGUAUUGUUGUGUAAUGUUGACUAGCCGCUAGUUAGCCAGUAGUUUGUAGCACAGAGGCUAUGUAAUGUCUUGUCCGGGAAGGUUAACUAGCAUCCAGCGGCUGUCGGUACCAUUCCUUCGACCACUGGCAUCUUCUCCCCACAGCCAUCUGAUGGAAGGGUGAGAGGAAAGAUGCUGACAUUCCUCCACAUCCUUUUAAUAGCUGUUUUUUAUUCUACAGGCUUGAUUUUUGGUCUGUGGGAUGGAGCUGCUGCUUCUGAUGGCCUCAGGGUCAGACUAGUGGAUGGUGAGAACAAUUGUUCUGGCAGAGUUGAAGUCCUCCGCCAUAACCAGUGGGGAUCGGUUUGCGACCAUGGCUGGGACUUCCGAGAGGCUUAUGUGGUGUGUCUGGAAUUGGGCUGUGGCUUAGCUGAAUCUGCCCUUCAUGGUGCGGUGUUUGGUGCAGGCAAGGGAAAGAUCUGGUUGCGGCAUGUCCAGUGCUCAGGGCAUGAGUCCAGUCUGAUGCGCUGUGCUAAUGUCCUCUAUAGUGACCUCCACUGCACCCAUCAGAAUGAUGCAGGCGUGAAAUGCUCAGGUACCCUUUUAAUGCCCACCCUCUCCCUGCUGUCACCUCACACUGUGUUCUCUCCUGGUGAGGCUGUUCGCUUUGGCUGCAGCGUUCUGCUGGGUCAUCACAUCAGUGAAUUCCACCUCUACAAGCACGGAGUGUCCACACCCCUUGUGACCCAGAGGAUGGAUCAGAGCCAGACCCAAGUGGUGCUGACGCUGUCCGACAUCGAGACUUUCCACCAAGGCAGCUACAGUUGUCGGUACAGGGUCAAGGGCAGCUCACCUUCUCAGGUGCUCAGCUCACCACCCAGCAAUUCUGUCAACAUCACUGUGGUGGAACUCUUGACUCCCCAACACUGGUACAACACAUCCACUGAGGCCCCGGCAGGUUCCGUCAUCAGAGGCCACAGUUUUAACAUCACUUGCUCGACCUCGCAGCAGUAUCCUGGAGCCUCCUUCCAGCUACGCCUGAUCCGCUCUAACGGCACAGUGCGCCAGUCUUUGCCUGCUGUGACCCCAACCGUCACAUUUGUUUUCCCCAGUGCCCAGAGCUCCAACGAGGGAUAUUACUACUGUUUGUAUCGGGUCCACCUGGGUGGACGCACGUUUGUCUCCAGAGAGAGCCAGCCCCUGCCGCUAUCCAUCAGAGAUCCAGAUCCAAUACUGAGUCCAAUGGUGAUCAGCUGGCUUGUUUCGAGCCUGACAUUUCUUGUGGCCAUUUUCAUUAUUUUUGUUGUGGCCAAGGUCCUGUGUAACAGGGCACAGAAACCUUCUGUACUGGAGAGAGAGACCAGGACCUGUGUGGACAACACUUAUGUUGCCUUAUCGAUUAACAAGACGUGAUGAGGCCUGAAGUCAGUAUAAAAGUUUGACACAGCAAUUAUUCCUUUGGUCGUCUGGCUUCUUUAAUGCACAGCUGUUUUUAUUUUUCUCCUUCAAGGUGUAAUGUGCAGACAGUGAUGGCUCCCUGGGUUCAGAUGGGUGGGACAUGUCAGUCACCCACCAUGCUUAUGGAAACGGCUGGAACCAGUUCUGUACAGUAUGGAUGAGGCUUUUUAUAGCUGGACUCUGAAACCGGUUUAAUGAUGCAGUGUAAAAAUCUGCUCUUUAUUCCAGAUUUCAGGCAAGUGAAACACUGGAUGUGAUUGGCUUUUGGAACAUUUUCUUAUGAUCAAAUUGUAAGCAAUAGCUAAGGACAAGUCAGUAAGAGUUUGCUGGUCCGUCUUUUUUUUUUUUUUGCUGAUGUUGGACUUUCAUAUUCACUCAGGCUUAAUUACUGCCAUGACCACAGAUGUAUAACUGAAAACUGGUUCCAAAACCUGUAUAAGAGUAGAUAUUCAUUGUGUAGUGUUUUUAUAGACUGACAGGCUCCACUAAGCUCAUGUACCUGCUUCCACACAUCAGCGGUCCUUAAAGGAUUAAAAGAUGUUUGUCACCAUACUAUGCAUCUUAUGUCAUUUUCAGUGUCUGUAUACAACUGUACUUAUUUUGUAAAUAGGAAGUAUUAUUGAUUAAAUUUCUGUUGUUAAAUGUG